AAUAAUACAUUUGGGUAGAUUGAUUUUCUAUUUGAAUCAAUUAUGGAAGGAAGCUAUAGUUGUCUCCUCUUGUUUUCCAAAUGUGGCCCUAGAGCUCUCUUUCCUACAACCUUUUUUACUGUGGUUGCUUUGUACUAUGCUGUCUGGGAGUUGUUUGGUUCACCUCAUCAUGGUCAUCACCAGAGAUAUUUCUCAACAGGAGUUGAAACAGUAUGAUGGGUCUGAUUCAAACAAGCCUUUCUUGAUGGCUCAGAUCUAUGAUGUUUCACUAAGCAGGAGUUUUUUAGCCCUAAGUCUUAGGAGAUUGAAGUUUUGUGAUGGAAGGAGGAGAUUCUCCUGUGAGGAGAUGGGAGGACCUGGAUAUUGAUGUCCUGGUGAAGAUACUCCAGUCAUUUAACCUUUUUGAGUUGACUUCGGGACCUGCUCAAGUGUGUAAUGCAUGGCAUUUGGCUUGCUCUGAUCAACUUCUGUGGAAGACGCUGGACUUGUCGGCACUAAAAUCAAAUUUCAUCAAAAUUCCGAAAAAGCCGUAUGUAUAUGUCGACCGUCAGUCUGAUAAGACGUUGACCCGCUACCUGAAGAUUUUUUUGAACCUUAGUCGUGGAAACAUACUAACGUUAAUAUUCCAUUACAAUUUGUAUGUCAAGGACGAUCAGUUGACUUAUACUGCCGAGAGGUGUCCGCUUCUUAAACGUCUUGUCAUGCCUGCUUGGAACAGAAUAAAAGAGGCAGGAAUAUGCAGGGCUAUUCGUAUGUGGGAAGAUCUUGAAUCACUGACGAUGCCUAGUAUAGAAGAUCCUGCAUGUGUCAUGGAGGAAAUUGGAAGGAGUUGCAAAAAUUUUGCUGAGCUCAAGAUUAUGGGGCCCUGUGAUGUGGUCUUUGCUUCUACACUGGUAGAAUUUCUGCCAAACUUGAAAGUGUUGAGUGUGAGGUGCACAGUGUUGCCUAAACCUGCCUUGGUUAUUAUCUUGGAUGGGUUAAAAAAGUUGGAAGUGCUCAACAUAUCGCAUUGCCUGAUUACUGAAGGCUCUCCACCUGCACCAGAGAAAAUUCUGACCAAGCUUGAUGAAUCAAUUCUUGAAAAAGCGUGUAGGUUACGCAAAUUCAUAACCUGCAUGAGUGACUCAUGCAUCAUGUGUCAACGUGUUCGAAAUGAUGAAGGGCUAAUUAGGUGGUAUAAGUAUGAAGAAGACCUCUGGAAAGUGGAUGAGGUGAGAUCUCUUUCAGUUUGACAAACUUUAAGAAUAUAUUGCCUGAUGAGUUAAAGGUCCAGUAAAAUGUGUAAACUUGUGUUUAUGAAACACAAUUAAACCUUGUCAUUUUUAAUGGACGCAAAUCAACUUCCAUUUUGCUAGCAGCAAGUAUUAUCGUUUUGAAUUGGUAACCUUUGGUGGCCGAAGAAGGAAAGUAGCUUUGUAGCAUAUGAGACAUAUAAACAGUAUUUUCAUGUAGAUGGGAGCGUAAUGAUACUUUCGUGAUGCAACUUUGUAAGUCUUUAGUCUGUUUUCUUCGA